GUGAGGCGGCUUGCUUGCUGCGAUCUGCUGGCUCUGAGGAGGCGCUUGAGGACUUGCGCUCAGAUGCACUUAGCGUUUUAACGAGCAUCCCAAUGCAGUGGCUAUACCAUCACCCCGAUGGCAAUCCGCAAGGAGGAAUUUGCCGUUAAUAUCGCGGAACUCUCGCCGCUGUGUUUUGUGCAGGCUUUCCUAGAAUAAACAGUAAAAGCAAGGGAGAAAGAAGAUUCGCUUUGGAUUAGUUUACAUUUUUGGCACAUAUAGAAGCGACCGCUAUGAUGUUUCUGCAUCGAGGGAUUUUCUUUCUGUGUGUCUAUGGAGCUAUGUGCACCGUCUUUUCCACCGAUUCCCCCAAUCAGCUAGGAGACGCCUUAUUGAACGGAAAGUCGAGUCGGAAUGAAAGCAGGUUCAUCGGCAAAGAGAAUACCCUCCCUCUUCGUUUGAUUUACCGCAUGGACAAUGGCAACCAAACGGCGCAUGGCAUCCUCAACACCCGGAUUAAAAGCAGCGCCGAUGUGAAUCAGCAAACAACACAUGUUGCACAAGCAAGCUUCCAAAUUGAUGUUUUUGGGGAAACAUUUAUUUUGGAUGUGGAAAUAAAUCACGAUUUGCUUUCUUCAGACUAUGUUGAAAGACAUAUUUCAGAAGGAGGAAAAUCUGUGAGUUCCAAGGGUGCUGAGCACUGUUAUUAUCAAGGCAAAAUCCGGGAUGUGCCAAAAUCUUUUGUGGCUAUUUCCACAUGUCAUGGACUUCGGGGAAUGUUCUUUGAUGGUAACCACACCUAUAUGAUCUCACCAGAUGAAAGAAGUGAAUCAGAGGAUGAUUCUCAUUUUCAUGUCGUUUAUAAAACUGCUAGUCUGGAUUUUCCCCUUAAUGACCCAAUAUUUGGUAAGAUACUGGCAAUAAAUGAGAAGAAAUCUCCCAUCAAAAUAUCAAAUAUACGGAAAAAGAGACAAGCUUCACGCAUUCCACACAGUGUUGAAAUAGAGAAGAAAUAUGUGGAGCUCAUGAUUGUAAAUGAUCAUCUGAUGUUUAAAAAACACCGCCUGUCCGUUGGUCAUACGAAUAACUAUGCAAAAUCUGUGGUGAAUAUGGCAGAUAUAAUUUUUAAAGAACAGUUAAACACAAGAAUCGUUUUAGUUGCAAUGGAAACCUGGGCGACUGACAACAAAUUUAACAUAGAUGAGAACCCCCUGAUCACACUGCGGGAAUUCAUGAAGUACAGAAGGGACUUCAUUAAAGAAAAGUGUGAUUCUGUUCAUCUAUUCUCUGGAGGCCGUUUCCACAGCAGUCUGGGUGGUGCUGCAUAUCUUGGUGGAGUCUGUUCUUUAACAAAAGGUGGUGGAGUCAAUGAGUAUGGAAAAGCAGAUGAAAUGGCCAUUACACUUGCCCAAACCUUGGGUCAAAAUAUUGGAAUUUUUUCUGACAAGAAAAAGAUGAUCAGUGGUGAAUGCAGGUGUGAAGAUACAUGGUCUGGAUGCAUAAUGGAAGACAUUGGCUAUUACCUUCCUAAAAAGUUUUCCCAGUGCAACGUAGAAGAAUACUAUAAUUUCUUAAACAGUGGAGGAGGAGCCUGCCUUUUCAAUAAACCAUCAAAGCUUCUUGAUCCUCCGGUAUGUGGAAAUGGAUUUAUUGAGCCCGGAGAAGAAUGUGACUGUGGCACUGCUGCCGAGUGUCAGAAAGAAGGAGGAGAUUGUUGUAAAAAAUGCACGCUGACUGAGGAAUCAAAAUGUAGUGAUGGCUUGUGUUGCAAGAAUUGUCAGUUUCAACUAAAAGGUUUUGCUUGUAGAGAUGCUGUGAAUGACUGCGACAUUCCAGAAAAUUGUACUGGAAAUUCAAGCCAGUGCCCACCAAAUGUUCAUAAAAUGGAUGGCUAUACUUGUGAAAAAAACCAGGGACGUUGUUUUAAUGGAAGAUGUAAAACUAAAGAUGGACAGUGCAAGUAUAUUUGGGGAGAGAAAGCUACAGCAGCUGAUAAAUAUUGUUAUGAAAAGUUAAAUAUUGAAGGGACUGAAAAAGGUAACUGUGGAAAAGAUAAAGAUACCUGGAUUCAGUGUAAUAAACAAGAUGUGCAUUGUGGAUACCUGCUAUGUUCCAACAUUUCCCCUGCACCAAGACUUGGAGAGCUACAGGGUGGUCUGACUUCCUAUUCAGUGGUACAACAAAGUUCAGCUUUGGACUGCAGUGGAGGCCAUGUAAUGAUAGAUGAUGACAUGGAUCUCGGAUAUGUGGAAGAUGGAACCCCUUGUGGAGCUGAAAUGAUGUGCUUUGACCACAGAUGUGUUUCUGUGCAAGUGUUUAAUUUUAGCACCUGUCCUGGAACUACCGAUAAAAUGAUUUGUUCAGGCCAUGGGGUAUGCAGUAAUGAGUUGAAAUGUGUUUGCGAUAGGCAUUGGACUGGAGAAGACUGCAAUAUUAACUCUCCUUUAAAGGAUGCAUUGUCCAUUGAUGAAGCUGCAGCACCUAGAGGUAUCGGUAGCACAAACAUUAUCAUUGGUGCCAUUGCAGGCACCAUUCUAGUGCUGGCGGUCAUUUUAGGAAUAACUGCCUGGGGUUAUAAAAAUUAUCGCAAACGGAGACAAAUGCCACCAGGUGACUAUGUAAAAAAGCCGGGGGAUGCCGACUCCUUCUAUAGUGACAUGCCUCCCGGAGCAAGCACAAACUCUGCUUCUAGCUCUAAGAAGAGGUCUGCUUAUCUGUCCCAUUUUCAGAUCUAUACUCGUUCCUUCACUCCUUCCAUCCCAUCCAUUAGUCAGAACAUUUCAUUGUUUGGCAUCAGAUCAAAUGGACUUUCCCAUUCAUGGAGUGAGCGAAUUCCUGAUUCCAAGCACAUUUCAGAUGUUUGUGAAAAUGGUCGCCCCCGAAGUAACUCCUGGCAAGGCAAUGUAGGAGGGAAUCGAAAGAAAUUAAAAGGAAAAAAAUUCCGACCUCGUUCAAACUCAACUGAGACAUUGUCUCCAGCUAAAUCUCCUACAUCCUCAACAGGCUCCAUUGCCUCUAGUCGGAAAUACCCAUACCCUAUGCCACCACUUCCUGACGAGGAGAGAAAAACCAACAGACAAAGUGCCCGGCUAUGGGAGACGUCCAUUUAGUCAGCUUUACUCUGCCACUUCAUGGGGACUGCAUUUUCUUCCAAUUUUAUAAGGACACCAUCAAGGAAAUGCCUUUAUGUACAUCCAAGAAGGACUCGUUUUCAGAGACUAAAACAGUGCAGUAGGACAACAUACGGACACACAGGCCACCCACCUCGCCUCUGGAAGACACGUUUAAGCUGGCAACUGCACAUGACGAGGGGGACCUGUGUUACACCUAAAUACCGUGUGUAUGUCUGAAUACAUUAGAAAAGAAAGACAGACACAAAAAUGUACAGACUGGGACUAACGUCAGCAGGAGGAAAAGGUUUUCAGAACCUCUCUUGGUAGUAAAGAAAGCUCUUCAUUUGAUUUGGUGCUGUUCCAUCGGUGGAUUCAUGUCACAUUUUAAAGCACGCAGCCACAGUAGAAACUAAAACAACAUAUGCAUGAAAGCGCUCUUUAUUGAUCAUGUAGUUUUUUUAAAGAAAUGAAUACACUUGAGGCUCACAGCAUGAGGAGGACGGAAAUGAGAAAUAAAAAGGGACUAUUGUUUUGCUUUCUUUACAUUUUAUUCUCAUUCUCAUUUCAGUGGUUUAUAGGCAGAUAUCAUUCUUUCUUUUAUGGGGGGAAUUUGAGUGGUUCCUGAAAUGUAAAUAUGUAUAUAUGGCUCACUGGACAUAUUCUUUUAAUUUGAUUUUAUAAAAGAUGCUUUUUUGAAAGAAAAAAAAAAAUCUUACUUUGCUAACAAUACGUAGCCUCUGUAAUUUAUCCAGAAGGCAAUUUUAGGGGCUUCCUUUUAAAGAUAAAAAGAAAAAACCUCAGUAUUGACGUGUUUGUUAGCUCUACUCAUUGCUCUAUGCUGUCCACUAUGCCAUUUAAAGUUUGCUUUAUGAACUAGCCAUAAACCUGAAAUGCACUAACCCCACAUCUCAGUAUUACCCAAAUACAAAGAGGUUAAAAGUCCCACUAAAUACGCCACACUUGGCUCACAAAGUAACGUAUUUAAGCGUAGUAUUUUCGACUUAAGGAAACUUGAUUUGGUGACCGGGGGAAAAAACCGAUGCACACCAGACUCCCAGACUGUACUGCUGCAUAUAAAGCCAUCUUCAUAAAUGUUAUUAAGCACAAAAUUGUAUAAACUGUAUUAAGUGUAUUUACUUCCGCUGUUCAAUCAGAUUUGAAUGAUGUGCUAUGACUCCUGAGGUCUUCAUAAAUAAUAUCUUUCAUUGUAGACUUAUUGUUUUUCUCAAAACAUAUAGAAAAGAAUGCAAUUAUAUUCCAGAGGAAAUCUGUUAAAAUGGUUGUAGUAGAUUAUGGAACAAUUUUGCAUGAACUUAUAGUGAAUGCACUUAAGUAUGAAUAAUUGAUUUUCAUUUUUUACAUUUUUUUAAUUAACACAGCCAUUUACAGUGAUACAUAAUGCCCAUGUGUUGAAUGCAUACAUGCUUUGUGUAACGCUGACACACACAUCAGUUUAACAUGAGACGCCUUUAAUCUCCUCCACUAUUUUGAACAAAAAAAAUACUGAGUAAUUAUUGAGUGUAUCCACAAAACGAGACAAUGGUUUCUAAAUAAAAAAAAAAAACUGAUUUCAAUCAUUAUUGCACCAAACGUUGGGAUUGGCUACAUGGAUGGACAUGAUUUGUUUUAAGCCAUUGACAUUUACUAAUACUGUAUGCUGAUAAAUCCUUAGCUCACAACUGGCCUUGCAUUUCAAGGUUUGCUCAAAACUUUAAACAUAUCAAGAUGAUUCAAUUUCUGUAUCAUUUUACAAUGCAGAAGGCAACCAAUACUAUCAAUAACCUUGGACAAUUCAACAGAAUACGAACUUUAAAUGCAUGGCUAAAGGAAAUGAAUUCAUAUAUUAAUCACAUUUCAUUAUCUUCCAUACUGCAAUGCCAGUACCAUACAUCGUGCCAGUAUAUAGCUUGAAUGUUGUUAAACUUAAAUUAAAGGCAUUUGUGUAUAUACGGUAUAUUACAAAUGGGGAAAAAAGAAUGUGUUUUCACCCAAGUGACUGGAACACUUGUUUUGUUGACAAGCUUUUUUUUAAAAUUAACAUUAUUUACAGCUCUUAAAACUCAUGAUACUAAGUCCUUAUCUAUACUGUACUGUAUACAGAGCUACAUUGUAAAUCAAUGCCCAUCUUUUUUUGAAAAUAUUACUACAAGUUAAUAUUGUAAUAUAUUUAAUAAAACAUUACCUUUCA